AUGCCUAAUCGUAACGAUCUUACGUUAGAACAGAAAAUUAAUUUAAUCAAGGAAAAUGAAGCUGGCUCAUGUUAUCGUGAUUUACGAGAUAAAUUUAACGUAUCAAUCGGUGCAGUAUCGAAUAUUCUUAAAAGAAAGAGAGAAUAUAUGAGUGAUUACGAAACUAAUUUGAGUAAAAACGUGAAACGCAAAACCAGCCAUGACUUUAGCCAAUCAAUCAACGAAUCGGUUUAUGAAUGGUUUGUUGCUCAACGUGCUAAGAAAAUUCCAGUUUCUGGGCCGAUUCUGCAAACAUAUGCGCGAAAAGUGGCUCGAGAACUGGAUGGUGAGUCCGAAUUUAAAGCCAGUAAUGGAUGGUUGGAAAGAUUUAGAACUCGUUACAAUGUCAAUUUUCGUGUGAUUUCGGGUGAAGCGGCAGCUGUUUGUGAAGAAACUGUGGCUGAUUGGAAAUCACGUUUAGCAACAAUUCUUGAAGAAUACAACCCUGGAGACGUUUACAACUGUGAUGAGACGGGUCUUUACUACAAGAUGAUGCCCGAUCGAUCGCUUGUUGUCAACAAAGAAGACUGUGUCGGCGGUAAGAAAUCGAAAGAGAGAUUUACGGUGCUUUUGUGUGCCAAUUGGGCAGGGAAUGAUAAACUAAAACCGGUCGUUAUUGGGAAAGCGGCUAAACCUCGCUGUUUUAAAAACAUCGACAUGAAAAAGCUACCUGUCACAUGGUAUCAUAAUCGCACAGCAUGGAUGAAUAGUUUUUUGUUUACUGAUUGGUUACAAGGAUUGGACUUGAUGAUGCAGAAACAAAAACGGAAAAUAUUACUCUUUUUGGAUAAUGCACCAGUUCAUCCAGUCGAUGUGAAGCUGGAGAAUGUUACUCUCAAGUUCUUCCCGGCAAAUACAACAGCUGUCAUCCAGCCAAUGGACCAAGGAGUUAUUAGGACCUUCAAAGCUUAUUAUCGACAGCAACUCAUACAACACAUCAUCACGAGCUCUACUGGUGCUCAAUCAGCAGAUGAUGUUGUAAUUACAGCAUUGGAUGCUGUCUGUUGGAUCGAAAUUGCUUGGAAAUCUGUCUCGGAAACUACAUUGCAAAAUACCUUCAGAAAAGCUGGAUUUAUGACACCAUCUGCUCCGACAGAUCUACCACCACCACCACACUCAACAUCCUCAAUCGACGAAGUCAUUUCUGCUCAAGAACAGGAGUCUUUGAAAAACCUCGAUAAGGUACUUAGACAUGUAUCCAUUUCUGGCACGAGUAUGUCAGCAACUGAUUUUGUGGAUGUCGACGCCGAUCUACCUGCAUUUAAUGAAUGGAAUGAUGAUAGCGAAAAACUGAUAUCUAUCCAUGUCAUUCCAAAUGAAGAUCCAGCACAAAAUGAAGAUUUUGAAGUGGAACAACCACCCUCAGUAACAGAUGCUAUUCAGCUACUUCGUCGGUUAAGAUUAUUAACAACUGCUCGUUAUCCAGAACUUCAUUCACUAUUAUCUCAAUUUCAAUCGAAACUUAUUGAUAUUUAUCUGGAUUCCAAUAAUGUUAAACAGAGAUCUAUUUUAGACUUUUUCCAGAGUGACGGAUCAAAAACCAAGAACUUUCUUUAA